AUGUGUACGGAUAAGCUUGCCAAUGGCGGAGCGGCGUCGCACUGUCCUUCCGACGACUCACCGGAUUUCGAGCAGCCCCUCCUCUAUGCCCACGGAGGACUUCAGGCGGGCAAGGACCCCGCGGCAGCGCGUGACCACGAGGCUCAGUGCUCGCCGGAGGACGGCGGCGCGACGUCCCUGCGCACAUACUUCAAUGGCCUCAACGCCCUCUCCGGCGUCGGGCUGCUAACCAUCCCGUACGCGCUGGCGGAGGGCGGGUGGCUGAGCCUGGUGCUCCUGCCUGUCGUCGCGGCGGUCUGCUGCUACACGGGCCAGCUCCUGCAGCGUUGCAUGAGCGCGUCGCCUACCAUUCGCGGAUACCCGGACAUCGGCGCUCUGGCCCUCGGGGGUAAAGGCCGGUUCGCCGUGUCGCUGUCCAUGUACGCCGAGCUCUACCUCGUCGCUAUCGGGUUCCUGAUACUUGAGGGGGACAGCCUGAACAAGCUGUUCCCCGGCACAAGCCUCAGCCUCGGCCCAGGGAUCGUGGUCUCCGGCAAGCACCUGUUCGUCGUGCUCGUGUCCAUCGUAAUCUUGCCGACGAUGUGGUUGAGGAGCCUGAGCGUGCUCGCCUACAUAUCGGCCAGCGGCGUGGUUGCCUCGGUCGUCCUGGUCUUCUGCGUGCUCUGGGCCGCGGUGGUCGACGGCGUCGGGUUCCAGGGGAAGGGAAAGAUGCUGAAUGUCAGCGGCCUGCCUACGGCUCUGGGGCUCUACACUUUCUGCUACUGCGGCCAUGCCGUAUUCCCAACAUUGUGCAAUUCCAUGAAGGAAAAGGACAAGUUCUCUAAGGUUCUCGUCAUAUGCUUCGUCGCAUGCACCCUCAACUACGGAUCCAUGGCCAUACUCGGCUACCUCAUGUAUGGUGACGACGUCGAGCCCCAGGUGACCCUGAGCCUCCCGGAAGGCAAACUCAUCUCGAAGCUAGCAAUCUACACGACGCUGAUCAACCCAUUCUCGAAAUACGCUCUCAUGGUGACCCCUGUCGCGACAGCGAUCGAGGAGAAGCUGCUUGCCGGCAACAAGAGGUCCAUCAAGAACAUGCUGAUCAGGGCCUUCAUCGUCAUCAGCACGGUCAUCAUAGCCCUGACCAUCCCCUUCUUCGGCGAACUCAUGGCGUUCGUCGGCUCGCUCCUCAGCGUCAUGGUCUCGAUGCUGCUCCCCUGCAUCUGUUACCUCAAAAUCUUCGGCACGGCUAGGUGUAGCAUGGCUGAAGUUGUGCUUAUCGUGAUGAUUAUCGUUCUUGGUUCCUUGGUCGCUGCAACUGGGACCUACUCUUCUCUGAGGAAUAUUAUACACAAAUUCUGA